AUGGGCAGAAUAUUUCUGGAGGAUUGGUACGACUUCUUUGCGCCCGAAAAAUCGUGGCCAUUCGCGUUGUUGUGCUCGAUUCUGACGGCUGUAUUCUUUUUGAUGAUUCUGACGUGUUCGUCAAUUCAUUAUAAGAGAAGAAACGAGCGCACCGCGUCAUUCAGCUUAAAAGACGAACUGGCCACACCGCAAAAUGUCUACUAU